UUAAAGAUGGUCAGUCAGUAGUAUUCGACAGAAUGUCGAAUGACAGAGUUUCUAACAAUAAGAUAUUAGUAUAUCACUUGAAAUCUCUUCUUCGCGCGCGUAAAGUAUCGAUUGUUCUCGAUUUACUUUCGCCAGGCGUUUUAAGUAAUUAAUAAAAGCGGCGAUUCUCACAAUGGCAGAAAUUUCGCAGAGCAACGAGGCAUCGACAUGCGAGAUCCCGUCAUCGAAAUACGCGCAAUACACGGGCGUGCUUGCGGCGACACUCGCCGCGUUUUCAAUCGGCACGUAUUUGUCGUGGACAUCAUCCGCUUUGCCGCUUUACAAUAAGAAUGACACGCUAUACGUUAGCGAUCAGGAAGGCUCUUGGAUCUCUUCCUUGUUCCCUCUUGGCGCUAUAUCGAUUACGAUACCGGCGGGAAUGCUGGCGGAUAAGUUUGGUCGGAAGAAAACGAUCUGGGUGAUAACUGUGCCUUUAUUUUUGUGCUGGUACAUUAUCGCAUUCGCACGGAGUAAGAUAUGGAUUUUUCUGGGUCGGUUUGUUGCGGGGGCAGCGAGCGGCGCAGCAUCCGUCGUUGUUCCCAUGUUCACUUCCGAGAUCGCCGAGCAGAGCAUCCGGGGUUUACUCGGCACCAUUUUCCAGUUGCAGAUUACCGCUGGAAUUCUCUUCGCAUAUGCCACCGCUUUCACCGACAACUUGCACGUCAUCGCGAUACUGUGUUCCGUGGCUCCCGCUUUGCUUUUGAUCUCCUUCCCGUUCAUACCAGAAUCACCGGCGUGGCUGGUCAUGCAAGGUCGGAAGAACGAAGCGAAUGACGUGCUGAAACACUUCAGAGGGGCUCGCUAUCGUACCGAGGUGGAAUUGACAAGACUCGAGUUCCAAGUUUCGGAAAUGCGAGACACCAAAGCCAGUUCUAUUUUUGACCUGGGAAAAUAUAAGAAAGCUACCUGCAUCUCACUCGGUCUAAUGAUUUUCCAGCAACUUUCCGGCGUUAAUGCUUUAAUAUUUUACGCGAAAAGAAUCUUUGAUGACGGGGGUUCAAUUCUAAACUCGUCCACGUCGUCGGUGAUCGUGGGUGCCGUGCAAGUGGUUGCCACUUAUUGCUCAACUAUUCUAAUUAAACGUGCCGGUAGAAAGCUGCUUUUGUUCAUCAGCGUGUCAGUGAUGGCCACUUGUAUGUUUACAUUGUCGGGGUACUUUCAUUUCCAGAACUCGCACGAUCUCUCGAGCGUUUCCUGGAUCCCUUUGCUCUCAUUUGCGGUAUUCAUCGUGAUCUUCAGCAUUGGUAUCGGCCCGAUACCCUGCUUGAUGGUCGGCGAGUUGUUCACGAAAGACGUGAAGAACGCGGCUAGCGCUGCGACCGCGAUAUGUAAUUGGACGUUGGUUUUCCUGGUGACGAAAUGCUUCCAGGACAUGGUCGAUCUCAUGGGAAUGUCCUCGUCCUUCGCCACGUUUGGCAUGAUAAGCUUAAUCGGAACUGUAUUCGUCUCCACAAUGGUGCCGGAGACGAAGGACAGAAGCGUCGAGGAGAUUCAAAUCGAAUUGUACGGAACGCAAAUUAGAAACCCAAGGGAAGCAGAUCCCGAAGUAUGACGACGAAAUAUAAUUCGCUUAGCUGAAAUUGUCUGCUGAAGCUCCAACGGCGUUGUUUUUGUAUUGUAUUUAAAAAGUGAUCAGUAUUUAAGAAUGCAAUUGAGAGAUUCGAUGCAAGAAGAGAUGGAAUUUUAAAAAUUCAAGUAAAAAGAAUCUCCCUUUACGUAGGAUAUGCGUUUUUUGAUGAUUGCAACUGUAGAAAAUAUUUUUAACUGAGAAUAAUUUUGCAAUAUGCACGAGUCUUCUUGCUUUUUGUAUAAUUAUAUUUAAAAGGAAAAAUUAUGCGUUACAUAAAACGAAA